AUGCCUCUAGAAGACAAGAGCUCCAAUCCAUUGAGACAUCGACUUGAUAUCCCUCUGAUGGCUCAGGUAAAUGGCAGCGAGAUCUGCAAAAGCCUGGACAGUCAGCCCAGCUCACCCGCCUCAUCUGACAUGAUUGUCAUCGAGGAUGGAGCAGUCACAGUCAAGAGAAAGCUGGGUCUCAUGUCGGGAACUGCCCUCAUUGUGGGAACUAUGAUUGGAUCAGGGAUCUUCAUCUCUCCCAAAGGUGUGAUUGCUGGAUCUGGGUCCGUGGCUUUGAGCUUGAUUAUAUGGGUGGGCUGUGGUGUCAUCUCACUGUUUGGUGCUCUCUCCUAUGCCGAGCUAGGAACCCUAAUAUCAAAAUCAGGAGCAGAGUAUGCAUAUCUGCUUGAGGCUGGCAAUGUUUUUCCGAAGCCGUUCGCUCCUAUUCCUGCGUUUUUGUUUGCCUGGGUGUCAAUGUUUGUGCUUAAGCCAUGCCUGUUUGCCGUGAUUGCUCUCAGUUUUGGCAUCUAUGCAGUGGAGCCUUUCUAUGAUGGAUGUGAAGCACCAGAAUCCGUGAUUAAGAUUGUGUCUGUUCUGUGUAUAUGUUUGGUUGCAGCUGUGAACUGUUACAGUGUUGGUUUGGCUACCAAAGUUCAAAACUUCUUUACAAUGGCCAAACUGCUAGCGAUUUGUGUCAUUGUUGUGGGUGGGUUUAUCAAGAUAUUUCAAGGUCAUACAGAAUUCAUCAAUGAAGGUUUUGAGGACACAUCCCAUGAUCCUUCUUCUAUCGCUCUUGCUUUCUAUAGCGGUUUAUGGGCGUAUGAUGGUUGGAAUAAUUUGAAUUAUGCGACAGAAGAACUGAAAAAUCCCUUUGUCAACCUGCCAAGAGCCAUAAUGUUGGGGAUACCUUUGGUCACUGUAUGCUAUCUCUUGACCAAUCUGUCCUAUUUGGCAGUCAUGUCAAAGGAAACUCUCCUGGCAUCUAAUGCAGUGGCAGCUACCUGGGGACAGGAGAUUCUUGGAGGAGCAUCCAUUGUAAUUCCUAUAUUUGUUGCUUUGUCGACUUUUGGUGCUGCCAAUGGUUCCUGUUUUUCAGGCGGCAGGUUAAUCUAUGCUGCUGCAAGAGAAGGUCAUUUACCGGAGGUGUUCUCCUACGUCCAUGUCAGGAAAGCCAUCCCACUUCCUUCACUGCUUCUCACGACAUUUAUUGCAGUCCUGAUGAUGAUACCUGGAGACAUUUUCAGCCUGAUUGACUUCUUCAGCUUCGCAGCCUGGCUGUUUUACGGAGCCACCAUGGCCUCAGUGCUGAUUCUACGCUACACACAGCCUGAUGCACCCAGGCCAUACAGGGUCCCAACAGUUCUUCCUGUCCUGGUACUUAUAAUCUCUGUGUACCUCGUGGUUGCCCCCAUCAUCCAGGAUCCACGGAUAGAGUUCUUCUACGCCACACUGUUCAUUCUCAGCGGACUUGUCUUCUAUGUUCCAUUUGUAGUGAUGAAUAUAAGAAUUGGAAUUCUUGGACCAUUUACAACAUUUGUUCAGUGUGCCCUGGAGGUAGCACCCAGCAAAUUUGCCCCACCAGAAUGA